AUGGAUCCAUCUCAGGCUCAAAGCCUGCCCGUGUCGCAGCUGUCUGCCGUGACCUUGACCACGUCGCCCUCGGAUUCACUGGCUGUGGUGGCCUUAAACGGGUCGCCCACUCAGCAGCCUCUAAGUGAUGCUCCUACUGACAUCUACCCUUCGCCGACUCCUCGUGAUGACGCACAGUCUAAUCUGGGACGAGAGUCAUCGCUCCCACCUGAAAUUUUGGAAAUGAUCUUUUAUGCCGUACUUGAAAGUCCUCCCGCGUUUGAGGAAUACGACUUCAUUUAUGGGGAUGUCUUCGACAGCCCGGCGACCAAGGAGGCUCUUUCGACUUUCAGACUGGUGAACCGGGCCUGGAACUUCGUUGCAACUCCUCUCCUUUUCCGAAAGAUCCAGGCCAUGAUCGGAUGCUCUACUAUUCGACCCCUUGAUAAAAUCCUAAUGAUUUCUCAAAGUCCAUACGCUCUUUACGUACGCGACGUGCACUUUGGUCUCUUGGGAAUAUGGCUGCCCGGACUGGGUUAUGAUCAGUACAUCGAGGAUCUGGCAGAAGGAAUUCUUCCGCUCCUGAUGAGUCGUUUCAAGAACGUCCAAACAUUCCGGUUGCAAGCACCCCCCUUGGUAGACUCAUUCAGCCCAUUAGCACUGCUCAUGCCGGAUAUGCUUGCCAAGCUGACAAAUUCUUUUGUGCAUACUUUGCGCUUUAUACCUGUCCCGAGACUGAGAUGCCUUCAUUUGUCUCUGCCAACUACGGCGGAAUUUGCUCGUUUCUUAACGACGUACUCAUACUCCAAGAGCUUCGCCGAAAUUUGUGCCGGAAUCGAAGAGCUACACAUCAUCAUCAAUGACAGCACCGGCCUUGGUGUCAGGGCAACCCCGAGACGACCUCGCUCAUUAAUCGAGGCCGGGUUUCUAAUCGGGCAAUUUACCCCGUAUCUCGUCCUACUCAUCUCUCAUGCAAAACGGAUCCAAGUCCUCAGCUUGAAUGCUUAUAGCUGGCUUGAUCUAUCCGAUCUGCAAGCAGGGAGUUUCUCUCAACUUAGAAGCCUCCGGCUCGAAGGUGUGCAGGUCAAGCCCGAGACUCUCCAUCAGAUUUUCAUAGAAGCUCGGAAUACGCUGCUUCGCGUUGAAUUGAUCGAUGUUAAGCUCCUGGCCGGUACCUGGUCUGAAGUUUUUGAUGUUUUCCAAUCUUCUCGAUUGCUUCCUCCCCCUAACCUCAACUGGCUUCAUAUUUCUGGAUGUGGCUACGCCAUGACCGGCCAAUACACUACUCGUGGAUUCUCGGAAGUCCGACAAGCACUCUGGUCCACCCGUGGCCAGGACUGGAUUGGUCUUAUAGCCUGGAUGGCGAUGACGAAUAACAACCGUAGUUUCCAGGGAUUGCCUCCAUGUCCGCAUUCUUACUUCCCGACUCCCCCAGUCAUCACCAUCGACUAUUAG